AUGUCUGAAGCUUACCAGGACCCAUCAGCUAGUAGUGGCCCAUCUGGCACCCAGGCCGGCACUUCGGCUGAUCAGAGCAAGAGCGGCUCGGCCACUGACACAGGGCCUUUCCCCACCAAGAAUUGGACACAAUACCGCUAUCAGAUCGAUAAUACCCUCUUCUGCCCCGGAGAUGCAGCAACCUACAGUCCGGAGGACGUGCGCAAAGAACUUGCAGAAGGAUUAGGUGUACCUCCCGAAUCUAUCGCUGUCACUCUUCUCUCCGAGUACAAAGCCAAUGACGAGGCCCCCCAGUGGGACGCUAGCUACUACAACGGUGCAGAGCCUCAGGGCAGGAAAUAUUUGUCUUUUGAACCCUCUACUGCCAAUGCAAGCGUCCCCGAUGAACUCGUGGAGCAAAUUGAGGAAGAGAAAGAGAAUAUAGAAGCGGCCAAGCAACUUGAAGGAAGUUUGAACACCCUGUUGGGCUCUAUCAAUCGCCUAAGUGAAUACUGCUCUUCAAUGAUGGAGGGUGAUCAGAAGCCAGAUAAGGGCCACUAA